AUGUCUGGUAUGGGUGUGGAUGAGACGCCAAAUGAAAACGGACAAAUUUCCAAUGAUUCGGGCAUUAUAGCGGAUGAUUCGUGGUAUGAAAGUGGUUGUAAACCGUUCAUUGAGAAGACUUUGUUAACUGCCGCAAACAGCUCGUUUGGUAUUGCCACAUCUCGAUCGCUUACUGCCCCAUCCACACCAGCAAGCACUGUUUCCUGGAAAGGUGGUUAG